AUGCAGUGCGGCUAUGGGGCUGGCUACGCCGCACCAAACCCUUACGCCAAUGGCUAUGGAUGGGCUCCCCAAGUGCCUUCGAUAAAUGGUCCGUCUGGCUGCAGUGGCUACGGGUACGGCGAGGGGUUCCAGCAAGGUGCUACGGGCACCGCUGGCAUGCAGACCGGCAAGAGCGGACAAAAUGGAAAGGGUGACGGCAAGAGCAGAGGCAAGAACAGCAAAGGAGGCGGUGACAGAGAUCGUGCACAAAAGGCAUGGUCCAGUGAAGGCAAUUCCGAGGCACUGUCUGGUUUCAAUGCCAUGUCAGCUGCGGCGAGCAGCUAUGUUAAGAAGGCCCCCAAGCAGGUGAAGGCUCCGGCAGAAAUGAAUGCACCCUCCUACGACGAGCGCAAUCCGUACCGGCUCAAGAAUCACAUUCGCGCAUGGCAUACGGAUGGUUCCACCACAUCUGUACCCGAGCCCUAUGGAAGCUAUCCAGAGGCGCAGCUGCCCCGUCCGCUCUUGGAUGGCUUCAAGCGUGCUGGCUUCCAGGCCCCCACCCCCAUACAGGCACAGGUGUGGCCCAUUCUAGACAACGGCUGGGAUGUCAUCGGCAUCGCCAAGACUGGCUCUGGCAAAACCUUGGGCUUCCUGGUCCCGGCUUACCGGUGGAUGACCGCCAGCUACGUGGCAGGUAUCCGCACCCUCAUCAUGGCACCCACGAGGGAGCUGGCCACACAGAUCCAUGAUGAGGCCAGCAAGUUCGCCGGGGCUUCGGGCUGCUCCAGUGCAUGCGUCUACGGCGGCCAACCCAAGCGUGAGCAGCUGCCGGCCGUGCGGGCUGGAGCGCCGAUUCUGGUGGCCACGCCCGGCCGCCUCAACGACUUCCUGGAGUACAAGGACAUCAAUCUAUCCGGGGUGGGGUAUCUCGUCUUCGACGAGGCCGACCGAAUGCUAGACAUGGGGUUUGAACCCCAAAUUCGGGACAUCAUGAAGAAGGUGCCCAGAAAGAGGCAGACGCUGAUGUUCAGCGCCACCUGGCCCGAGGAGGUGCAAAACCUCGCGCAUGAUUUCCUCAGCUCGCCCAUCCAUGUGCAAGUUGGCGACACGUCCUCCUUAUCGGCUAACGAAGACAUCAGUCAACAAGUGUGGAUGCUGAAUUCUUCAGACGACAAGGAUGCGGCUUUGGUAGAGGCACUGCAGCUCUACGGGGGUCCUCGCCAGCGAGUUCUGGUGUUCGUGGCAAUGAAAAAGCAGUGUGAUAUGGUGAUGCGGAUGCUGCGCAAGUAUCAGAUCUCGGCCAACACCAUGCACAGCGAUAAGGACCAGCAGCAGCGAGAGGAGGCAUUGCAGCAAUUCAAGACCGGCGAGACGGCAGUGCUGAUAGCCACGGACGUCGCGGCCCGUGGGCUGGACAUCAAAGGCCGCUCCAGGGUCAUCAACUACGACUCCGCCAACAGCACUGAAGAUCACGUUCACAGAAUAGGAAGAACAGGCCGCGCGGGGCAGAAGGGGCACAGCAUCACUUUUCUCGCCAAGUCAGGCGAGGAUGCCUGGAAGGCUAUCGGCAUCGCAGAGGUCAUGCAGAAAGCGGGCUGCGCCGUCCCUCCAGAGAUGAAGCAGGUGGUUGAUCGGAUGCUGUGGAGGCGGCAGCAGUCCCAGCAGCCGCGGCCCAAGGUUCCAGCCAUGCUCGAGGUCCUGAUGGUGGCCGAGAAGCCUUCCGUAGCCAAACUGAUUGCGGAGAUCCUGUCUGGGGGCCGCAUGCGCUUUCGCAAAGGCCAAAGCCGAGCCGUACAAAUCUACGAGUUCAACAGCUGGUUUCCACCAGCACAUCAACAGUGUCGGAUCAUGCAGACCUCCACCAUCGGCCACGUUUUUGGAUUGGACUUCAAGGAGAAUCGCCCGAAAGAUAUUGCGGAACUUUUCCAUGAUCCCUGCAAGAAGACCAUCGAAGAUGGCACGGCCAAGAACAGGAUCGUCGAGCACUUCCAGGAGCUGGCCGCAGAAGCCGACUACUUGGCGCUCUGGCUCGACUGCGACAAGGAGGGAGAGAACAUCUGCUUCGAGGUCAUCUCCUUGUGCGAGAACAUCCCGCGCGAUAACAUUUACAGGGCCCAGUUCUCCGCCUUGACCGAGCCGGAACUGCGAGGCGCCUACAACAACUUGGGCCGGCCGGACAAGCUGGCGGCCCAAGCCGUGGAUGCCUCAGUGGCCUCCAGACAGAAGAGCAAGCGGGUCUGUGACUCUCUGCGUGGGUAUGUAUGUAUGUAUGUGUGUGUGUAUAUAUAUAUAUAUGCGCAUAUAUAUAUAUAUAUAUAG